AUGGAUUCACUACGAGCGCUCACGCUAUGUGUACGAGCUGUUCUACAAGAAGAAGGCGAUCUCGCGGGAGCUCUACGACUGGCUGCUCAGGGAGAAGCACGCCGACGCAAUGCUUAUCGCAAAGUGGAAGAAGCCCGGAUUCGAGUAUCUCUGUUCCUUGCAGGCGAUCGACAAGCGGAACACGAACUUUGGCACCACCUCCAUCUGCAGAGUCCCCCUCCACCUCCGCAAGCCCGGCGCGGACAAGCCCGCCGUCAACACCGGUUCAUCUCCUGCGCCUCGCAGGAGGCGGGCCGCUUGGGCGGCCCGAUCUGGUGGGACUCGCCCCGGCCCGCCGACCUCGUCGGCUGGGCCAAGGCGGGGUGCCCGACGGCGGAGAAGGCGGGCAAGAAGCGCAAGGACCCCGACGCCCCAGACGGCGAGGACGCGGAGCUCGAGGCGCGCGCCGCGCAGCUGCGCCGCACCGGCGGCUCCGCGGAGGCCGCGGCCCUGGAGGCCACGGCGGCCGCGCUGCGCGGCGAGGCGGCGGGCGACGGCGGCGAGCCGGCGGAGGAGGGCGCCGGCGGCACGGCGACACCCGUGCAAGAGGACGACGGUGACAUCACAGGAGACGAGAAGUGA